UUGUUAGUUGUGAUUUAUCUCUCCUCUCUUUAUUAAUUUCCUCUAUAAAACUCACCCACCAUUCCAUAUCCUCCCACUCCAGUUCUAAACCCUUCAAGCUUGUUCCAACAAUGGCUUCCUUACAAUCUUCAUUUCUCCUCCCUUCUUCCUCUUGUUCUUCAAGAAGAACAAUUGCCCCUGCUGCCAUUCACGACCCCAAGCUUCCCAAUCUCCGUAUCUCAGUUCCCACUCUCCCAAACACUUCCACUGCCUCCCUUAACGUCAUUGAACAACUUUGUUUAAACCAACCCAUUAAUGCCCAAUCCCCCUUCAUAUCACACCUCCACCACAUCUUAGACGCCGUAGCAGACAGGGUAGAGAUGCACAACGAUCUCCACUUACAGCGAGAUAACUGGAAUUCCCUUCUCCUCAAUUCCAUCAACAUGAUCACUCUCACCGCCUCCGCUAUGGCCGCCGCCGCACCCGCUGUUGGAGCCCUUGGAGCUCCUCUUUUGGGUUUGAAACUGUCCUCGGCUCUGCUCUUCUCUGCCGCAACAGGGAUGUUGGUUGUGCUGAACAAAAUCCAACCCUCACAGCUGGCUGAGGAGCAGCGAAGUGCAGCUAGAUUGUUCAAGCAGCUCCAAGCCCAAAUCCAGACCUUGAUUACGGUUGGAGCUCCCACUCAAAGGGACGUCGAUUCCGCCAUGGAAAAGGUGUUGGCGCUUGAUAAAGCAUACCCACUUCCUUUACUUGGUGCAAUGCUUGAAAAAUUCCCCAAAACGCUCGAGCCGGCUUCAUGGUGGCCCAAUUCUUCUCAUUCUUACGAAUCCAAGACAGAGAACGAAAACGCCCAAUUUGAUGGAAACCAACGUCAAGGAUCCAAUGGAUGGAGCGAUGAACUUGAGGCGGAAAUGAGAGAGAUUGUUGAAGUCAUAAAGACAAAAGACGCUCAAGACUACGCCAGACUUGGGAAUUUAGUAUUGAAGGUUCAUAAGAGUUUGGCAAUCUCAGGCCCUCUUCUCACCGGCAUUGCGGCUUUGGGCUCUGCUUUUGUGGGUGAUUGGUCACCCGGGGGGAUGGUGGUGGCGGCGGCGGCCGGUUCUUUGGCGGCCGCCGUGAAUGCGUUAGAGCACGGUGGGCAAAUUGGGAUGGUGUUUGAGAUGUACAGAAGCGUGGCGGGGUUGAUUUGGCUGAUGGAAGAAUCCGUUAGAGGGACGCUGGAGGAGACGGAUUGGGAGAAGAGGGAAAACGGGGAAGUGUUUGAAAGGAAGGUGGCUUUGAAAUUGGGAAGAAGCUUAGCUCAGCUCAGACAAUUGGCUUCCAAAUCCACCGCCGCUAGAACAGAAGGGAUUUGCGUGGAUGAAUUCGCCAGCAAGCUCUUUUGAUUUUUUUUUUUUUUUUUUAAAUUUUAUUAUUAUUAUUCUACAAUUUCUGAUCGGUUGAUUCCUUGAGAUGGGAAACGUACGUUAUGUUCAUCCGAGC